AUGAAAAUUAUGGGUUUGAGGAAAGCAUCUUUGCUUGUAUACUUUCUAUUCUUUCUCCAUCUCCAGCACCAACUUCUACACGCGAUUAGGAUAUCUUUGACAGAUUUAGCCACCGUUGAUCCACAACAUGACAACAAUCUCCCGGUGCAGUUUGCUGAAUCGAAGCCGAGCGGUGACGCAUUCGCCGGAGAUUUAAAGAAAUCAGCCGUCGUUGUUAAAAAGAUCAGUUUCGGCGGAGGAGGACGCAGUUUCGGCGGAGGUGGACGCAGCUUCGGCGGCGGGGGAAGUGGCGGAAGCAGAGGAGUAAGUGGCGGAAGCAGAGGAGGAAGUAGCGGAAGCAGAGGAGGAAGUAGCGGUGGUGAGAGGACUAUCGGAGGAGGAAGAAGAGGUAUAUAUCCGUAUCCGUAUAUUGGCGGUGGAUCGCACCACAGUGGUAACCGUUCAAGCGGUAACAGUUCAAGCGGCUGCCGGGAAAGUGUUCCGGUUUGGUUAGGUUUAUCAACUUUAGCCGGUUUGGUUUUCGUUCUGUAG